ACACGACGUUUUGCAUUCCUAUGCUAUCUAGGAUAGGUUGAGGUCAGUGGGCUAACUUUCUUCACGCAGUCACGCAAACUAAAUGUUAAGUCAUAAAACAUCAAAUUACGUAUCAGCAUACCGUGAGUGGCCAAUUUGAAUUGGUGAGAGGAGGAAAAAAAAAAAUACACGAAAUUCUGAAGAAAAAAAAAAACCAGAAACCAUAUAAAGCCUUGAGUCAAGAAGAUGCUCCAGUCUCAGACCCGCUGCGAUCUCAGUGGUGGAAAUGUUGAACAUGGGGAGGGUCGACUUUCAGAUGACAUUGACGAAAUGUAGAUGAGAGCGGAGACUCGUGCUACAUGUAACAUCUCGGGUUGCUGAUGUUAGACGGUGGUACAAGGCGAAACUGCCUGUCGACUCGUUUCCCUCUCUGCCUUCAGCACCACAAGUUUGGACAGCACCAUUCAUCGAGACAUUUGAACACCUUUCCCCCUGGAUAGGCGAAUUGUUCUCAAGUUUAAUGGAGACGUUCCUCUUUUGUUUGCAUCAGUGAUAUUUUUUUGUGUCCAACUUCUUCAAGAACCAACGGAUAUUCCCGUCCCGAAAUCUCAGUAGAGCGGUCUUGCUAUUAACGUCUACUUCAUCUGGAAAGUUGUAAGCACCUCUCCUGAUUUCCGGCACCAUACCCAGUUUCAAGCUUGAGUAAGGACCGCGAAACUGCUGUCUACGUGGACUGGUGCUGAAUUCUCCCGUCCGCCGGCCAGGACCUCUGCAAAAGCCAGAGACAUGGCGACUAACGGUACAAAAGCAACCGAUGGACAUGUGUUAACAGAACUCAACGAGGAGCCGACAUCCAAUGAUAAACCCAAAACCUUGGUUGUGAAAGUUCAACCGACGAAAUCGGAUAUCCCCGAAAGAGAAACGUGGAAAGGGAAAUUUGACUUUCUUCUAUCUUGUGUUGGGUAUGCAAUCGGACUUGGCAAUGUCUGGAGAUUUCCAUAUCUUUGUGGAAAAAACGGUGGAGGGGCCUUCUUGAUUCCUUACUUUUUGACCCUCAUAUUUGCUGGAAUGCCAUUGUUUCUGCUCGAAACUGCCCUCGGUCAGUACACAUCCGUUGGCGGACUUGGAGUGUGGAAACUCGCUCCAAUGUUCAAAGGUAUUGGUUGGGCAGCCGCUCUCCUCUCCUUCUAUCUAAACAUUUAUUACAUUGUCAUCAUCUCUUGGGCCAUUUACUAUCUCUUUAACUCGUUCACUGCUGACCUACCAUGGGCGUCAUGUGAUAAUCCCUGGAACACAGACAAAUGUUUUUCAAACUACAGCUUGGUCAACACCACCAACUUGACAAGUGCUGUGGUGGAGUUUUGGGAACGGAAUGUACAUGAGCUUACGGACGGACUGGACCAGCCAGGAACGGUCCGUGCGCCGUUGGCAAUAACACUGGCUAUCGCCUGGGUACUCGUCUACUUCUGUAUCUGGAAAGGUGUAGGGUGGACUGGCAAGGUGGUGUACUUCUCAGCAACGUACCCCUACUUCAUGCUCUUUAUUCUGUUCUUCCGUGGAGUCACUCUGCCUGGAGCAAUAGACGGCAUCUUGUUCUACAUCACCCCGGAGUUCAGCAAGCUGAAGGAGUCUGAGGUGUGGCUGGACGCUGCAACCCAGAUUUUCUUCUCGUAUGGAUUAGGACUGGGGUCACUUAUUGCCCUUGGGAGCUACAACCCUUUCCACAACAAUGUUUACAAAGAUUCUAUUAUCGUCUGCUGCAUCAACUCCUUCACCAGCAUGUUUGCCGGCUUUGUCAUCUUCUCCAUCGUGGGUUUCAUGGCCUACAUAACAAAGCGGCCUAUCGCAGAAGUAGCUGCAUCAGGUCCAGGGUUGGCCUUCUUGGCCUACCCACAGGCAGUGACACAGCUGCCUGUUUCACCACUGUGGGCUAUUCUGUUCUUCUCAAUGUUGCUUAUGCUUGGAAUUGACAGUCAGUUUUGCACAGUGGAGGGGUUCGUCACGGCUUUGGUGGAUGAAUUCCCCCAUGUUCUGAGGAAAAGAAGAGAGAUUUUCAUUGCCGGCGUCUGCUUGGUGUCUUAUGUGAUUGGCCUCUCCAAUAUCACACAGGGUGGCCUGUACGUGUUUAAACUCUUCGACUACUACUCUGCUAGUGGGAUGUGCCUCCUGUUCCUGGUGUUCUUUGAGUGUGUCUCCAUAUCAUGGUUCUAUGGUGUGGAUAAGUUCUAUGACAACAUACAGGAGAUGAUUGGAUACAGGCCUUGCCUUUGGUGGAAGUUGUGUUGGGUGGUCUUCACCCCUCUCAUUGUUGCUGGCGUGUUCCUCUUCAGCGCGGUUCAGAUGGUUCCUCUCACCAUGGGGGAUUACGUGUUCCCUAAAUGGGGCCAGGGUGUGGGCUGGUGCAUGGCCCUGUCCUCCAUGCUCCUCAUCCCUGGGUACAUGGGAUACAUGUUCCUCACACUCAAGGGCUCGUACAAAGAGCGCCUUCGGAUGAUGCUUAAGCCAACGGUUUUAGCGAAAGCCCAGGAGAAUGGACCAGAGCAGCAGGCUGAGACCCCCAACCCUGCCAAUGAGGAAGCUUACAUCUAAACUCCCAUUCCACAGGCCUGCAACAUUCAGGCACAAACACGUAAUCAUGGUUGAACACAGCCAAGGACUUCCAUGUCUAAAAUAUAAUCACCUACCUCCUAGGGAAAAAUGUGACCAACCUGAUUACAUUUUUAUUUUUUUUUCAUUUGUAAAAAGACAAACUACCAAGCAACGUUCUAGUGAUAGUUUGUACAUCAUAUGCAAAAUGUUAGUCUUUCUAAAAUGUUACAUAGUAACCAGAGAACUACUGUAAAUUGAAAAAUUAUGUGAAUUGGAGGCCCAAUGUGAUUCAACACUACUGUGCUAAUUUUAGAGAUUUACAUGUAAUUAAUCUAUUAAAUAUUGUAAAAAGAACAAAUUUAGAAUAGAAUCAGAUUGUAUUUGAUUGUAUUUGAUUGAAAUACAGAAAAGUAAAGGGGAAGUUACAGGGCACAUAAAUGCAAUGCCGUGAUUGCAUAAUGGAAUUGUUUUUGACCAAUUGAAGCAAUGACCAUUACGGGAGUGUGCAAAAGGCAAGGCCAAAUCUCAUGAUGUAUGUAUACUUCUAUGUAGCCUGACUAUCAGUCUUUUCCAAGACCCUGUGGUUUACAGACCUUUUUUCAGUAACUCUAAGGGUGUCCCUCAAAAAGCACAAGGCCAGUAUGCUAGUUUACUACCUGCCACGAAAGCAAUUCAGUAUUAUGUCAGACUGUUACAAUUUUAUCUUUGUUUUUUAAAGACAAAUAUGACUUUGUAUGUUUUUUAGAUUCAUUUUAGGAUGUUUUCUAUGUAAGAGUGAAAAGGACCAAAACCAUCCUCAUACAGUGGGAAAAAGACAAGUACCACCUAGAUUUGGAAUAAAAAAGUUAGUCAUGCUAUGUGUCAUUGCAAAGCACAGGGUACAAGGUCUUACCACAUACGCAUUUUUGUCAGUGUCCAUUUUGAAACAGUUAUUUGCUUAAUACAUUGGUAUGCCACUCCUCAGGAACAAAAGGUGGAAGUGACCAAAUUUUUUCCUGAAAUUUGGAAGGCAUGAGAAGGCCUUGAGCCAACAAACAAAUUGAGUAGAAAUAAGAGAGAAGCCAUAGUCUGUUUACAUGACUGUGCAGGUUAACAACGUCCGUUUACAGAGGGUACCUUAAAGAUGAACCAGCAAAUUUUUGCCAACAAGGACCGGCCAACAUGUUUUUUGAGUUUUUGUUUCUUUUAUUCUUUUUUUAGGAAAUGGAGUUGUUUGGCAAUAAAUAUAGUUAUAAUAUAUUCAGAUAGAGACGACUAUAUAUGUAGGCUUAAAUGAGAGUUUACUGCUUGUUUCCCUAUUUCCUAACUUCACCAGAUAAAAGCACAAAGCUUUAAUUCCACAAGGUAUUGAGAUUGCAUUUCAACAAGGAAUAUGUUAGUUUGCUUCUGCGGCAGCUACACAUGAUGACAGGGAUCUGGAUCAAUUAGUAAUUAUGCUCUCUGCAAAGAUAUCUAACUAAAAUGUGCAAUCGAUGAUGUUCGGUGAUUUUGUAUAAAGAUACCAUACUGCAGUUUUCUCUCUGAACAAAAAUGUUGUAAAACUGUACUGUGCAAAAGAUGUAACUGUGAAUGUUUGUUUGACCUAUGAUGUUUUUGUCUAAAUGUUGAAGAAUCUUAUCGUUAUUAUUUGCUGUUUUCUGCAAUAAUACAAUGAUCUCAGAAACUAAAGCACAUGAAAUGUAAAAAUAAUGACAGUAAUAAUAACAGUAUAAUAAAUAAAAAUAUAGAUACUAUGUCUAGUCAAAGAAUAUUGUUUUGUAUAUUUCUAACUGUUUCAUGGGCCUACUGUAAAAUAUUAUAUGUAAAAAAUAUAAUACAUGUCUUUAGAUGGUGUUCUAUACAAAGCAUGAUUGCCAUAUAUGUUAUCUGAAAAAAAUAAAGAAUUAUAGAUUAUAAUGUG